AUGUUAGACCUAAUUAUGAGCCAAACGGUUGACGGUUUAGAUGUUGCCAAAAAGGCGGCCGCAGUUAAGGCGGUCGACAAUCACGUGAAGAAUGGAUUCACUGUCGGAAUCGGAAGCGGAACCACAAUAAUACAUGCCAUUCAACGAAUCAAACAAAACAAACUCGAUGUCCAGUGUAUUGGCAUUUGUCCCACAACACUAGAUUUGAUUCUCGAAAAUGGCCUCAAAUUGACUGAUUUGUCGACUCAUCCAGAAUUGGAUGUUUUUAUCGAUGGCUUCGAUGAGGUGGAGAUCAGCACCAAAUCGUUGAUUGUGGGCGCGUGUGGACGAGUGGCCGCCGUCAAGAUCGCGGCCAACGCUUCCAAACAGAUUGUGUUCAUCGCAGACAAUAGCAAACAAUCGCAAAGAUUAGGACAAGUUUUUCACGAAGGGAUACCCAUUGAAGUGAUUCCAGUGGCCGCUAAACGUGUGGCACAAGAGGUCGAGAAGUUAUUCAAAGGAAACGCUGUCCUUCGCGUGCGGACCGAUAGUGUGGAACCGUUUGUUUUUCUCAAUGAAAACAAGAACCAUAUCAUUGACUGGAUGUUCACCGAUGUGUGGCACAAGAGGUCGAGAAGAAACGCUGUCCUUCGCGUGCGGACCGAUAGUGUGGAACCGUUUGUUUUUCUCAAUGAAAACAAGAACCAUAUCAUUGACUGGAUGUUCACCGAUGAUGGCGUUAAAGGCCGUAAAUGGGAUGACAUUUAUCGGACUAUUAAACUCAUGUCCGGAGUGGUAGACGUGGGUCUUGUCCUUAACGAUAAGUCAAAUAUUACCGUAUAUUUGGGCGCAAAGGACGGACACGUGGACACCCUUUGA